AUGAUUAUCAUCAACAACCCCAACAAUCCAACUGGAAUCUCCAUCCCAACAAGGACCCUUCAGGAAAUUGCCAACAUGGCAAAAGAAAAGAACAUUAUCAUCUUUUCGGACGAAGUUUACCGCCCACUUUUUCACGGCGGAGCCUCGGGUCAAGUUGAGGUGCCCGUGCCAGCAACGUGCCUUGACUACGAAAGGACAAUCGUAACUGGUUCUAUGUCCAAGGGCUUUGCAUUAGCAGGCCUCCGCGUCGGAUGGAUCGCUAGCAGAGAUAAGAGCAUCAUGGAAGCAUUGACAUCGUCCCGCGACUAUACAACCAUUUGCGUCUCACAAUUAGACGACCAGGUUGCGAGUUACGCAUUGUCGCCUGCGGUGCAACCUUCUCUCGUGGAGCGCAACAUCAAGUUAGCACAAACAAAUGCAAGGAUCUUAAAGGACUUUGUGGAGCGGUAUAGUGCCGCUUGCUCUUGGGUUGAACCCAAGGCUGGCACGACGGCAUUUAUUCGCUUCAGCAAGAAUGGGACUCCAGUAGACGAUGUUGAGUUCUGUAAGGACGUCGUUGAGAAGAUAAAUGUAUACUUCUGCCCUGGAUCUCAUUGUUUUGGACGAGACAAGGAUUUUAGAGGAUAUGUUAGAGUGGGGUAUGUUGGCGAGACAGAUGUGCUUAUUCAUGGACUUGAGAAGCUAGGAGAUUAUAUUGAGAGGAAUUUGAUCUGA